AUGGAGCGCCCUGGCGCUGUCGGCGCAGGGAGAGAAACGGGAGAAGGCGAGGGCGAAGCGGCCGAGACAGACAGCGGGAAGAAACGGCGCGGAGACGACCAAGGGGCGGCGGCUGUGAAUGGCGCCCACGACAAGGCUGUGGAGGUGGCGUUGCCGCCCUUUACAGCUUUUCUGUUGGAGGCGCCGAGUGAGUGUCUGCAUCGGCUCUUUUCCUUCCUGGAUUUCGCAUCGUUUUUCGCUCUUUUUUCAACCGACACGGUCGCCUUCUCGAUUGUUUGUUCGCCGUCGCUCCCAUCCCACACGUGGCGGCACUUUGCCCUCGCGCGAAAGCUGUGUCUUUCACGCCUCCCCGCGGCGGUACCUCCCGCCGUCCUCGCCUCCGCCUUCUUCUCCUCCUCGGGGUCCUUCGAAUCGGCGCCGACGAGCCUGGCAGACGCGAAGCUGCGGGGGGAUGCUGGGGCCUGCGCAGCUGAGGAGGCCGGCACAGACGACGAGAGGGGGCGUGAGAAGAAAGCCGGAGAGGAGGGCAAGCGGAAGGCAAAACGCUUCCAACUGGUCACAGUGCCGAGUUGCCUGAGUCGGCAGGAUUUCCUCAGACUCGGGCAGGCAAACCGGCGGUGGCGACUCGGGUUCUUUUCUCGCGAACAGCGCAUUUCGGUGUUCACCGACGAACCCCUGGAGAAGGCCGCAAUCGUCGCUUGCCCGCCGCUCUUCUCUUCGAACCCCGUCCCCCUCGUCUCGCCUCCGUAUCCGCCGCCCUCGCUGCUCCCCGCCUCGCUCCCGCGGCAGCUGCCCGCGCUCCGGUCUUCCGCGGCGCCCUUCUCCUUCACUGUGCGCCACGAGACACGGCGCGCACCCGACCAAGUCGCCGGUGAGGACGCGUUUCCGCUUCUCACGGUCGGCUCGCGGUGUCUGUACACCGCAGACCUGGGCAGGAAGAAGCCUGCGCCCGGUGCGGCCGCUGGCGGGCGCAGCCAAGUUUCCUCUGCGGGCGAAGUGCGUCUCCCUGCGCUGCCUUCCUCCAUGCCGCUCGUCGCGCCGUUUCCUCUGCUUUCCGGCGGCGGCACGAUGCGCUUCGUCCACCCGAAUGCGGCCCUGUCUGCGCGCUCGCUUUCGCAGCUCCCCUCCGCCGCGGCCGCUGCGUCAGCAGCGGCGCUUCUCAGCGAGGUGGAGCGCGAGGCGCGGGGGGACGGCGCCGGCGCCGCGGGCGCGGGGGAGAGCGUCGACGCGUCGAUGGAGGCUCUCGUUGGGCGGCGAAGGAGAACGAAGCGCCCGCCGGUCAGGCGUCUGCCGCAUGUCUCCUGGGCGCCUUGCCUACAACAUCCGCUGCUGUGGCAGGCCGGCUCGAGGGCUGGGAGGAAGAAGGAGGAGACGCGGAGGGGCGGCAGUGCUGCGGCGGCCGGCGGUGCCUCUCCCGGCGUUGCCUUCGCUGCAGCGUCCGCCUCGCCGCAGCGGCAGCCCGAAGACGCCAAAGACCUCAUCGCGGAGAACGAGCAAGAGAAGAUCGCGCCGGAGUUCACGGCGCUUCCUCUGUGUGCGACGGCCCCCGCGGCCGCCUCGGUCUCGACGUCUGCGCCGCACCACUUCCUCUGUCUGUCGCUUCAGCCUGUGGAGCUUCUGCCGCCGCUACUACCGCCGUCGGAGCGUCCCCACGCCGUCGCCUCAGCCUCCUCGUCCUCCCUGCCGGUUGACGCGCGCGAAAGCUGCGGGCGGGGCGAGGUGCUCUGUGACGACUGUGAGGCGGGCGGCAAGCGCGACUGCGCCGCAGGCCCCUCAGCCUCUUGCUCGUCGCCCGCGCUCUGUCAUGUCGCUUCCUCUCCUUGUGAGACCGACGCAGCCGACGACUCCCUCCGCGCCAAGACGCUGCGCGCGGCCGAGGCCCGAGCUGCUGCGGCUGCGGCUCGCGCCGCGGAGACCCAGGACGACGAAGCGGAGCAGAAGGCCUGCGGCGGAGACAGCCGCGUGGACGAGAACGGGGGCACAGACCUCGAGGCGAAGCCACCGACGGCGAAAGCGGAGGCUGCAGCGCCUCUGACACCCGCGGCGCAGCUUCCGCCCAGCACCCGCUCCUUGCCUUCUUCUUCCUCAUCGUCAUCUUCCUCUUCUUCCUCUGCCCCGGCGGCGGCGUCUGUCCCGCUGUAUCGACUGCAUCCGGUGGCGCUGUGUUCGCUGCGGCGGCAGCACCACGCUUCGGGGCCUCAGGUGCUUCAUACGCACACCGUGGCGUGCUGCGCGCUCGAGGAAGACGAGUUCCUCACGAUUUCGACGGGAGUCGCCUGGAAAAGGAACGCCUCCAGGCUCGCUGGGUGCCUCCCCCCGGGGGUCGCCGCCGCCCGCCGGUCCGUCCCCUCCUCGCCGGCGCUCUCGCCAGUCGUCUCCUUCGCAGCGGCUGCUGCGCCGGUGUCCGCCUCGUCGUUGCAGGCGUCCGGCCCUCUCGGCGGUGCGCAGGACGCCCAGACUUCGGAGAAGGCAGACCCGGCGCGACGCUGCUGCCGCGAGCGCGGCGCGUUCAUGCUUGGCAGCGCGAGCGGCCUGGGCACUCGGCCGCCGCCCGUCUCCUUCGUAUCGGUCCUCGCGGCGGGGACGUCGGCAGGGGCGAUCUACGCAACCUCGCCGUCGCCGUGCCUCGUCCGCGAAUGCACCUGUGCGCACGCGCCGCCCGCGCUUCCUGCCAACUCCGCUGCGUACUCCCCCGGUGCGCCUGGUUCCUCCUCUUUUUCUUCUCCUUUCUUUUCGUUCUCUUCUGUCUCCAAGUGCAGACCGCACUCGGCGCUGGCGGCGCGGCACCGCGAGGCCGCACAGGCUGCAGCCGUGGAGGCGAGUGGCGGCUGCCCGCUGGAGUUCGUCGGCCGCAUCGCCGCGCCGGCGGCGGACGAGGCGCCGGACGAGGCGCCUGGGCGCGCGGCCUCGUCGUCGGGUCCCAUCGACUUCCUCCAUCUCGUGCCUGGGACGCCGUGGAACUGCCCUGUCUUGUCGUCGCCCUCCGCGCCUCAGCCGGCGAGCGGCAGCGGCACGCCGCGCGGCGCCGCCACGCAGGCCGAGUGCCCAGACUCCCCGCUCCUUCUGCAGAGUGCUUCGGCGUCCUCGCCGCCCCGCCUGCCUUCGCUUUCCUCUGCAGUGGCGAGCCUCUCGCCGUCACCCGACGGCGGAAUGCUCGCCUGGCACUUGCGCCGCACGGACUCUGCGUCGUGGGAGACGCGCGACGGGCAACAGAGCGACGAGGAGGACGUCUCGCCGCUGGCUUCGCUGGAGGACGCGCUGCCCUGCGGCAGCGCGCGCGGUGACCGCGUCGAGGGCGUUUGCGCGGCUGCGCUCUGGCUCUUCGCGGGAACGAGCAAAGGCGGCGGCGUGAGAAUCUUCCGCUGGGACUGGCGCUGCGGAGACGGAGGCGAGCGCGAGGAAGAAGAAAGAGCUGACCGGCGCGAGGGGGGGGCGGCCGCCUCGCGGUGUAGCUACGGAGGCAAGUGGGAGUGUAUGUACACCGUGGCGGGUCAAUUCGACCUUCUCACUGUCGAUCUCCAGUGGGGGGCGUUUGCACUCUCCACGCCCGUCGACUCGAAAAUCCUCUUCCUCUCCUUCAAGAAUCUCCUCACUCACACGCGCCUUCUGCCUCCGUCCUCCGCGGACGCACCGACGCCCGCGCCUGCCCCCGUCGCUGCGGCGCCGACUCGAGUCGCCUCAUCUGCGGGUCUCUCGAGCCUCGCAGUCGCGUUCGCGCCUGCCGCCGCCUCUUCUGGCGCCCCUCCGCCCUCGCGUGGGGCCUCCUGUGGCGCCGCUGCGGCACUGCGGCAGGCGGCGGCCGCAGCUGUGGAGUCUGGACGCGCCGUGCCUGCGGAGGGGUUUCCCGCGCAUCCGCUGCGAGGCUUCUCCUCGUCGCCGCUGCGCUGCCCGCGCGAGGGCGCGAUCGGGAAGCUCUUCGUGGCGAGUCCCCCGACGUGUCUGGUGUCUCUCGGCGGCGGCCGCUGGGCGGCCGCCGUAGGGCAUGCCCUCCGCCUCCUCCAGCUCGAGUACGAGGACGCGCCGCAGCCCUUCAAGGCGAAACCGAAGAAGCCCGAGCGCCCACGAGCGAACGCGCGAGGCCGCGGACGAGACGGGUCGCAGAGGAAUGUGCAGGCGCACGAAGACGGCCCGGUUUUCUUGCCGGCGGCGCCUCCGUCGCCGACUCUGUUUCCGUCUGCACCCGACGCGUUAUCGCCUCCAAACGAGCUCCGUUGCUCGUCGCUGUGCGUGUUGAGCGGCCAUGAGACGCGCAUCUACCGCCUCGCUUUCGAUGGCGUCCGCCGGCUGGUCUCGGUGGACAUGGCUGAAGUCCUGAUUGUCUGGGAUACGCUGCGGCAGCGCAAGCUGUUGGGACUCGACUUGAAGGUGAAGCAUCCGCCGCUGACUCCGUCGCACCUGUCUUCGUACGCCGCGCUCCUCCUCGCACGGCCCGCGUCCCACGGGCUCGCUUCGUCCACCUCGCCUCAGCUGAGGGCUGCGGCGGCGGCGCCACCUGCAGCCGACCCUCCCCUCGCUCGUUCGCUCUCUGCGGCGCUUCUCAGCCACCGCGCGGGCUCGUUCGAUGCGGAGGCCUCGCGUUUCCUCCGCGAAGCGGGCGUCUCGGCGCCGCUCUCGGGCGCACUCGCUGUCGUCGCGGCCGCGCACGCGGCUUCUGAGGGGCGAGUCAUGGGGUCGGCGCGGAGUGGAGGAACGAAGCCCCGGCGGCUGGUCGCGGCCGCGGCGCAGGCCUCGUGGAAGAAGGGGAGGGGCAGCGCGAGACCUAGGUGUGCGUCGCUUGACGCGUCCGACGAGUUCCUCGUGGCUCAGAGCGCCUCGAGGCUGCUCGCGAGAGACAGCGUGACGCAGCGGUGCCGCAAGGUCAAGCGGAAGGCCAGCGGCGCUGGCAGCGAAGCGUAUCGCGGGCCGCUCGCGGACGGCGACGGCCGCAUCCUCGUGAAGCCCGAGCUCCUCCGCGGCGGACGCGGGGGGGAGGCGGAAGGCUGGGGGCGGACGAGAUGCGAGCGCGCACGGCAACCUGCCGAGUGGGGGGGAGCCUGCGCGGACGCCGUCUCUCAAGCGUCGUCGCCGCCCGCGUCUCCGCCGCCCGCGUCGCCGCCGCCGCCGCAACUCCCGCUUGCGGCUUCGCCUGCGUCGCCGCAGCUCUCUGCGCGCCUCGCGGCUCUGAGGGGCGGACGCGCCUCGCCUCCGUUGGCAACAUCGGCGAGCUAUUCCGCACACUUCCCGCCUCUCCUCGCGCUCCCUGAGCGAUCUCCUGAGGCGGGGGCCCGGGGCGCUGGACGCGGAUGGCGCGGUGGGAGGCCGGGCGACAGCGAGGCUGAAGGUGCGAGCGAGCCGCUGCUGGAGACAGAGAGCGAGUCGAGCCAAGGCGCAGACGGAGGGGGGGACGGUCGCUGCAGAACGGAGGGCGAAUCCUCCUACGAAGCUACGGUCCAGCCUCGUCUCUCGCACGCCCUCCAGUCUUCCUCCUCCGCGCCCUCUGCGCCCUCGCCCGAGACGCCGUCGUCGGCGUCUCCGCCAGCUGAGGAGAGGAAGAAGACCUUCGCAGAGGCGGCGGCUGCUGCCAGAGGCGCGAGCCACGGGCGUCUGGUGUCGCGCGCAGGCGCGGGGGGGAGCGUCGCGGCGCAGACGGCGGCGCGGGCGGCGGCCUCGGAAGUCGUGUGCGAGUUGCUAGAUCCGGAAUCCGCCGAGGCCCUGAAGGCCACAGCUGCCGUGCUGGGUAUGAGCGUGGAGCAGCUGUACGUACAGCAGAUGAUGGAGCUACAGCGCCACGAGGAGGAGCGGAAGAAGAUGCGAGGCGCACGCGAGUCGCGAGGCGCCGAAACCCGCUUCGACGAGGUUCGGGAGCGUCUCGAGGACGCGGAGCGGGCGGGGCCGGGAGAAACGGAGCUCGAGGCGAGGCGACCGCCCGACGCAGAGCCCGCCAAGGGCCUCAGCCCCCGCCCUGCACCAUUUGAAGGAAACACCGCGCAGUCUGAAAUUCCUGCCGAUAACUCCGACGCCGGGAUGGUGCCUGCGCCAAGCUCCAGGACGUCGCCGCCCGCGGCUGCUGCGGCCGCCUUCCCUGCGACGUUGUCGCCUAUCUGGCGAGCGCCUCGUCAGGAGGCGGCGUUCGCCUCGCUGUCGUUGGGCGCGGGCGCGGGCCCGCCACGGAUGGUCGGGCUCCUCGGGCGCAAAGGCCUCGUGUGGAGACAGGGCCCAAACAGCCAGGCGCGCCACAUCGCCGCAGUGUGCGUCGGCGAGAGACACCUCGCGCUCCUGUAUCGUGAGCUGAAAGUUUGGCAAGUCUGGCACUUUGACGACGGAGAAGAAGCCGCGACGGGCGGCGCUACGGCGAACGGGGCGGCGGCCCGCGACCGCUGA